AUGAUAAAAAAUGCAGACUUGUAUGAUUUGAUCAAUAUUUCUCUGAGGUAAAAUGAGCUAAAAAACGAGUAAGUGGAAUAAUUUAUUUCUAAGGCACUUCAAUAAAGUUAAUCAAGAUCUCAAAUCAGCCAAAAUAAUCCUUGUGAUGAUUAGAACAUUGACCCAUAAUAAUUAGAAAUAAUUUUUACACCUCCAAGUAAGUUUUCUAGCAGGGCAUAUUAAUAAUCCACAUCACCAUCAAAGCUUCUUAGAUAGUUUGAAUAGAAUGCUAAUAAGUAUGAUGAAAAGAAACUCAACAACUCCUAGAAUUCUAAGUAGUAGAAAUAAAAACCUGAAGUUUUACCUUUGUAAUAAUCAUAAAGACAGAAUACAAUUUAAUCAGAAAACUAUAACCCAUUAGUUCAGUAGAUCAUGAGUCAACUCAAGAACAAAAGUAAUGCUGCAAUAAUAUCUCAUCUAAAUGAGAAUAGUCAACUACUUACAGACCUUUAAAAUCAACAACCAAGAGUAAUUGUACCUCAACCUUACUCUCAUCAGCCUGAAUCUCCAAUUAGAGAUGAGAUUAUAGAUGAUGCACUAUUAUAAAUACCUCACAGUCAGCAAAUAUAGUAAAAAUAGUAAGAGAGAGGAUUCAUUUCCCAAGAAAUAAUUCUUGCCAAAUAAAAAUCAAGGAAUACUCUAGCCGAAUAAAAAUUGCACACUGUUAACGAGAUUAAUUUUAAGGGAGAUUAAUUUUCAUUUCAACACAAGCAAAGAGAGAGUCUUGCAAGGAAAUCUCCAAAUUAGUCAUCAUAUUCAACUAACAAGGAUUUUUCCUAAAGAGGAGGUGCUUUAAGUCAAAAUAGGUCACCAUCAAAGAAUGGUUAAAGAAAGUAUGAGACUCAUUUAAAGAUGCAACAUUCUCUAAAAUAUUAGCAUGAAAGAUAAGAGCACUUGUAAUAAUAAUAAAUAAUGCGAAAUCUUGGAAAUGUCAGAUAGUUUCACCAAAAUCAACAAGCUCUGAACAGGUCUGUUUCUUCUAAUUGCAUAAUAAAUAAUGAAACUUCCGAGUCACUUAAAGAUUUGAGUUAAUUCAGCGGAUCCAAAAUAUCUUAGAGGUAAAAUCUAGCUUAAAAGAGCUUCCUUCAAAUCUCUUCUAGUAAGAUUAUAGAGGAGGAAGUGUCCACUACAAGCAACAAGACACCUCGCUCAAAUAGAAACUAAGCCUUGUCUUUUAUAAAAAAUUCACAAUAUCAAAAUCUGGGGGUUUAAAAUGACUCCAUUAUACAGUUAAGUGAAGAAGAGAGAUAGAAAUAGGCUUUAUAUAAGAAAAGUAUUGAUCAAAAGAAAUAGUAACUGGGUAGCCUUUUUUCUUAAAUGAAUAUUAAAUGCCUGACUGAAUUUGAAAGAAUUAAGAAACCUUCAUAACUUGCCUAUAUGACUGGAAGACUUGUCUGCUAAUUCUUUAUCAAUUUCAAAGAUAGUCAUUAGAAUAACAGUAAGCAAGUGCAUAUGGACGAUUUCAUAGAAUGGGAAGAAAUAGUUAAAUUCAUUAAUAAUUUUGUUAUUAAGCAAAACAAUGAACUCCUAUAGAUCAUAAAAUAGAGAGUUCUCUCCCCAGAGCAAGUACCUCAUUAAACUAUAAAGCUCCUUGAAGGAAAGUUUAAAUCUAUAAUAGAUCAAUACUUUACUGGGGAAAAUUUAAAGAUAUUCAAGCAUGCAGGCACUAAUAAAACAAUGCAAUCACUAAUUAACUUUGUUUAUGGGAUCAUUACAAACUAUUUCGAUGUUCAGGCUAUUGAAAAAUAGCAUAAUGAUAUCUUUGGUAUAGAUACUGUUGAGGAUCAAUACACUUCAAGGAGGAUAGACGAUGACAAAAUACUGAGUUAAUUUAAAAGCAGAGCAGAGACUUAAUUAGAUUAAAAGAGGCCAGAAAGCAGCUUAAGCAGGACACCUAUUAGCAGAAAUCAGGUUAUUGGACGAACUCAGACAAAUCCAAAUGUUGAAAAUUCGAAAAUACCAGUCCCUUCUGAAUAAUUACACAAAAUCGCAGAGUAGACGGAGGCACUUCAAAAAUCCAGCAGUAGAAAUCUUUUGAUGAGAAAGGAUAGAUCGUAACUCUUAAAUAAAGAAGAUUAAUAAACAAAUAAAUCUUAAUUAUUAAAAACAGCUAGAGAUGUUUCUUUUGCCAAGACAAAGGUAGAUAAUAUAGAAAAGAGUGUAAAAAGGACAAGAAAAAAUUAAGAAAAUACAAGAGAUUAAAGCAAAUCACCUAUUAAUUAAAGAUAGAAAUCAAUUUCAAAAUCUCCAAUAUCUGCACAUAGAUAUCAACAAUAUAUCCCUGCUGGCAGCAAUAUUAUCAACCAUAUACUUCAAAGACAUGCAACGAAAGAUUAAGCAGGAAUAAAUCAAAAAUAAUCAGCAUCUCCAAAUAAUUAGAUCUUUAAAUAACAUAAAGAAUAAUCUCAUAAAAUCUUAACUUAAGUUCCAGAGAAUGAUAUUUCUUUUGAGAAAUACUUAGAGGAUAAUAUCAAUUAAGAUUCUAAGACAUCUAUAAUUCAACAAAACAUCUCAGCUUUGAUGGCAAGUGCGUCAUAAAAGAACAUAGAUAUGAAAUUAAUUGAAUAGAUCAAGCAAAGAAGAAUUAACUAGCUAGAAAGAGAAAAAAGUUUGGAGAAAUAUCCAAUCAAAUACUUAGAAAAUCCAAUUUAACUUAAUCUAUGA